AUGUCCGACAUUGAUGAUGAAUUGUUGGCUUUGGCCGGAGGAGACGACUAUGAGUCCGAUGUCGAAGUAUCAACGUCGAAACGGAGGGUUGCCAGUGGUGACGACGAAAGCGAAGAAGAUACCGUCUUCUCCAAGCGGCGUAAAGUGGACUCGGAUGAUGAAAUUGGAGGUCGAAUGGAAGAUGGUGAUGAUGAUCAACGAGAAGAAGACAAAGACGGGGAGCGAGAACGAGAUGAUGAUGAAGAAGACGAGGAUGAGGGCGAUUAUGACCCUGAUGCAGGGUAUGAACCGGAAGAAGAGUCUGAAUUGGUGAACCCUUACCCUUUGGAAGGUAAGUACAAAGACGAGCAAGAUCGGGAUGAGUUGGAAGAAAUGGAUGAAAUGAGGAGAGAAGAGAUUUUGUUUGAGAGGCUGCAGGAGAUGGACAAGUAUAAUGAGAGAAAGUUUUUACAGCAAAGAAUCAAACAGCAACAACAACAACAGCAGCAGCAGCAACAGAGACUGGGAGACAAGUUGAGAACCUCGAGCCGUACCAAAACUGGUGGACCUAGAUCCGACAAGGAAAAUAAGCUUAGCGAGUUAAAGAAACAACGAGAAAGACAUUCGAGACGGAGGGCACAGGAUGAAUACGAAGAGGAAUCGGAAGAGGAGUUGAACGAUCUGGAGGAGGAAGAGGAAGAAGAAGGUUAUGGCGAUGAAGAUGAAGACGACGAGUAUGGCGGAAUAGGUAAAAAUGUUGCGUGGGGUGGGCCCUCGAAAGCCAAGCAGAAAAAAUCCACCGAGUUGGCUAAAUUUGAAGAUAUUGCCAAGAUUAGCGUGGGCAGGAGCGUGCUUGCCAAUUAUUGCUAUCAUCCCAACUUUCUGAACAUCAUGAUUGACACCUAUUCCAAAGUGGCUGUUCUGGUGGACAGACAAACGGGCAAACAGAUUUACCGGAUGGUCAAGAUUGACCAAAUCGGCACGAGGCCCGAGAAGCCCUAUAGGAUUGGCAACAGCAAGUUUGACACUUAUCUCUUGGUGAGCCAGAACUCGAAGCAAAAAAUGCCAUUCCCAAUGAGCACAUUUUCCGACUCGCCCAUUACCAGAGCAGAAUACGACAAGUAUAUCCAGCAGCUCGAUCGAGCCGGAGAAAAGAUUGAUCUUGUCGAUGAUGUCAAUGACAAGUACGCUGAGCUUCAGAAGUUCUACAACACGGGCUUGACAGAUAAGGACAUCAAUGAGCGUAUUGCCAGGAAGCAGCGAAUACAACAACAAGAGGGCAACUAUUCUGCGUUUGAAGCGGUGCAAGCGAAAUCGCGGUUGAUGGAGAGCUUGAAGAUCCAGAAACAGCGCGGAAACAUGGACAAGGUCAAGAGCAUUAUCCAGGAGUUGAAGCAAGUGGACCGGAUCUUGGACCAAAAGACCACGUCUGACUUGGCGCAGUCGCAGAACCAAAACAUAGCCAAGGUCAAUGAGCGCAACCGGCUCUUGAACAAUAAGGCGAUUAGGGCGGCGGAGAUCUCGUACAAGAAGGAAGCCUCCAGCGCCACCUUUGAUGGCGGCGACCCGUUCCUGAGACUCAAGACCAACACGCGCAUGUUUUACCAGGAUCUUAUCAAUAAGGAGAAUGAGCUCGCGAUGAAGUCUGUCGAUAUGAAGAAGAUGAUUGAGGAGAAAACCCACGCGGAGGAACAGAUUGAAAAGUCGACCUAUCGGGACCUAGGCCGGUUUGAGGAGCUAAUAAGAUCGAUUGACGUUGCCAUUGACUUGCGUAUUUGA